AUGGGUUGUGCAUAACCAAAAGGUCAGAAUAAACCUCCAGAUUCUAAAACUCCUAGAACAGAAAGUUCUCGUUAGCCAGUAUAACAAGCAGUUAAUUUGGCUUCUGUGUUUGAUGAGACUGAUAAUUUGGAGACAGAUUAUAUUCUUCAUAAAUUAGACUCAUUAGCUAGUAUUGAUUAUAAAUAUAUGAUUAUAGCUCAAAGAAACUAUAUAAUGAAAGGUGUGUGUAAAUAAAAUAGUAUUUCAAGGAUUGUAAGGACCUAUAAUUAUCAAAAUAUCCCUAUGGAAUUUCUUUAAGAAUUAGAGGAAAAUAUAAAUACUUUAUUGAAGUUGGUAUUGGCUGUGUUUAAAACUUUAGAAACAUCUGAAUGUUUAAGCCACAAUCUCUUACUAUAGUAAUUAGAAAAAAAUAAGUUUGAUAGGUGAGUUUUUAGAUGGUGGAAAUAUGCUUGUAAAAUUGGAUGCAUUUAGUUAACUGUAAUAAUAUGCAAUGAUUGAAAUAUUUUGUUAAAUUAUGGCUGGUUUAUAAUAUCUACAUUAGAAUUAAAUUGUUCAUGGGUAAAUAAUAUAUGAAUUUUAGGGAUAUACGUUUAGAACAUAUAGUUUUUACUAAUAAAUCUUUAGAUAAGAUUAAAUUAGUGGAUUUUGGAAUAUCUAAUACUUUAAAAUAAUAGAUUUCAACUUGGAAACCUAAAUUAACAAUGCACGAUUUAUCAUUUAAAUCACCUGAAUCUAUUAAAGGUUAUAAUACAAUGUAAUCUGACAUUUGGUCAUGUGGUUGUCUUCUCUAUUUUUUCCUAACAUCUCAUAUGCCUUUUUAAGCUAAUAAUGUAUAAUCUUUGAAGAAUUCAAUCUUAAGAGCAGUUCCAAAUUUCGAUGGUCAAGAGUGGAACAAUAUCAAUCCUAUUUUUAAAGAAUUAAUUUCUAAAAUGUUACAUCCGAAUCCAUAAAGAAGACCUACUGCUCUAUAAGUCUUAAAUCAUAAUGUUUUUAUUGGAAGAGCUAGAAUUCUCAAAAAUCCUAAUAAAUAAUUACAAAGACAUAUGCGAGAAUUCAAAGUAUUUAUUUAUUUAAUCUAUUUAAAAGAUAUCUUCUUAAAUAUAAACAGCUAUGUUAAUUUAUAUUGCAGAAAAUUUAAUGUCUGAAUAAGAUAAAAAAAAAUUAAUGGAUGAAUUCAUGAAAUUUGAUUUGAAUAAUGAUGGAUUAUUGACAAAAGAAGAAUUACUCAAUGUAUAUUCCAAAACUUUACCACAUGAAAGAGCGAUUAAAGAAGUUAAUGAUAUUUUCAAGAAGAUUGAUGUAAAUGGAAGUGGUAAAAUAGAUUAUCAAGGUAUAACUUAAUUAUGAAAGGCAGAAUUCGUUAUUGCAACUAUUGAUCAAAAGAAAUAUUUCAACAAAGAAAAAUUAAUGUUGAUUUUUUAAUAAAUUGAUAAAGAUCAUAGUGGUUAAUUAAAUAAAGAAGAACUUAAGAGAUUGUUAAGAGAUAUAUAGAUUCCAAUAAAAAAAUAUGAAUAACUAUCUAAAUAAUUAGAUUAAAAUGGUGAUGGAUAAAUCAAUUAAGAUGAAUUCUUAGGAAUGAUGCUUUAAAUUUGA